GGAAAGCUCAAUUUAAAGCAUCCGUUGCAGACUUCAACCCACUGGUGUUACCAAUUUGCAAAAUGUCUACCGACUACGAUGAACCGAUAUCGGACCAAGAAAAGGUCAGGAUAGCCUCCGAUUUCAUCCUACAUGCUCCGCCUGGAGAAUUCAAUGAAGUCUUCAAUGAUGUACGAUUGCUACUGAACAAUGAUCAGCUAUUGAAAGAGGGUGCAUCUAGCGCGUUCGCGCAGUACAACAAGGAGCAGUUCACGCCGGUGAAGAUCGAGGAUUCCGACAAGCAGACGUUGAUAACGGAACACGCGGAUCUGGGCGGCGCUAGGUUCGUCGAUCCAUGCAGCAAGCAGAGCUUCAGGUACGAUCACCUGCGCAAGGAGGCCAGCGACCACCGGCCGACGGAGGCGGACGCGCGGCUGGAGCCGUGGCGGGCCGCGCUGGAGACGGCGUUCACGGGAUAUGUGCAGGACCACUACAAGCACGGCGUCGGCGUCGUGUACGCGACGGGAGACGCUGGCGCCAUCACCCUCGUCGCCUGCAUCGAGGACCACAUCUUCCAGCCGAAGAACUUCUGGAACGGGCGCUGGCGCUCGCAAUGGUCUCUCACGUUCUCCCCAUCAUCUGCCGCCUCUCAGCUCAACGGUGUCCUCAAAGUGCAGGUACAUUAUUAUGAGGAUGGCAAUGUACAGCUGGUGAGCUCUAAGGAAAUUCAAGAAUCAAUCACCAUAAGCAAUGAAACUCAAACAGCGAAGGAGUUUAUCAAGAUUAUAGAAGAAGCAGAAAAUGACUACCAGACUGCAAUCAACGAGAACUACCAGACGAUGUCGGACACGACAUUCAAGGCGCUCCGGCGACAGCUGCCCGUCACUCGCACCAAGAUCGACUGGAACAAGAUCAUAGGCUACAGAAUCGGCGCCGAGCUAAAGAACAUGUAGGGGGCGCCGGCAUCGGCGACGCUCGCUCCGCGUCCCAGUUUGAUUUUUCAUUUUUUCAGGUUUUUUCGAGAGUUGGAGGGGGGGUGCGAGGAUCGUAUAUCGUGCAAUCACGCGCGCGCGCGCGGGGCCGAUAGGCUUGCGAUUUAUCUGCCUGCGGCCGACGUUACAAGCCUACUGCGUGGUAUUUCUUUGUACAUCAGUGGCGAUCGAUCGCCAACGUUGGUGCAUACCUCGACGGUCGGACGAAAUUUUGCAGUAGGUAAUCGGUGAACGUGGGUAACCUCAACCCUCUUCCUCCCCCCCCCCUCCUUAUCACCCACCGGGCGAGGCCUGUCGUUGUAGUGCUAUGCUCGUAGCGUGUGAGAACCUCGCAGAUUCGAAAGAGAAAUGUCAAACUCUGUCUUGUACAAACAUUCCAUGCCUGAAACGGGGGGGUGAGGUUUCGAUCGGUGUAGGAUGAGGAGGCGGAGGAGGAGGUGCCGCAAUCUCACGUGGGCGGUGGGGGAGGAGGGGGGUUGGCAUCGUUUCUCGGCAGUAAGGAGGGAGGGCGGUCGGUGUGGCGGACGUACGGAGAUGUUGAUAUUCAUGAUCGUGUGUAGAAGUAAGUGCGUGCCAUGCUACGAAGUUACAGCAGCCAUUUACAAAGUCGUGUACCCGCCACCACUGUAAGAAUGAUGCUCUCUCUCCCGAUUAUGUGGUGGCUAGAGCUCUCCCAUGGAAGUUUUGACUGUUGAUUUUUGUAAGCAAAUACUUACCGUAUCAACAGGAGUGGUGGUGCAGAUUGUAACGUUAUAAUGAUGCUUUGAUGACGUGCCAUCGCGGGACUUUUUCACGGUGCGCUGUUGAUCUGGACGAAUUCUAGAACGUUUGGGAAUCGUGAGCUGUCAUUUGGGCCCAGCAGAGAUGCCAACCACUACCAUUUAUCCGUAUUUUAUACGAAUUUCUAUUCCUUUUGCACCACUACGAUUGAU